AUGGCGCCCUCUAUGCCUACACGCAAGCAUCUUACCCGUGAUGAACGCUUGAAAAUUCUUACUCUGCGAGAAGAAGGCGUAUCAUAUAAGCGUAUUGCCGAUAGGCUUUCAUGCACAUAUCGCCAAGUUCAAUAUAUCUGUGAGCUUGGUAAGGCAACACCACGAAAGGGUCGUGGUCGCAAACCAAAGCUUUCUAAUGAGCAAUUGGAUGAUGUUAUAUCUUGGAUACGCAGCAGUUUUGAUAAUCGGCAAAAGAGUGUUUACCAGAUUGUUGCUGAGCUAGAGCUUCCUGUCUGCGGUGAUACACUACGCAAUAUGCUUAAAAAACGUGGUAUGAGAGCAUACCCUGCUGCACAGGCACCACCGCUGUAUCCCCGUACUCCGCUUCGUUAUCAGCGUUGGUAG